GAUAAGUAUUUUCGUGAAACUGUUAUUCCUGAUAUAUUUCAACGAUGCAAAGCGUGCGUGCAGAAGAAAAUAGAUCAAAUGAUUGGAAAAAUGUCACUAACAUCAGAUAUAUGGACCUGCCAAUACAACAACUUCUCCUUUAUUUCUUUGACUGCUCAUUUUUGGAAUAAAUACGUAUCUACCCAUAGAGAAUCAUUCGUUCUGGCAUGUAGGAGUUUCCCAGGCAGUCAUACAGCUGACAAUAUAUCCGAGAUGGUUAAACUUUUACUAGAGCAAUGGAAGCUAGACAAAGACCAAAUUCAUAUAAUUCUUGCUGAUAACGCUGCAAAUAUGAAAAAAGGAUUGUCUGAUGCACGAAUAAAAUACCAGAGUUGUUUUGUUCACACUUUACAAUUGACAAUAAAAGAUUCUCUUGGUUGCCAAAGAUCAGUGACAGAUAUUAUCAUCAAAGCAAGAAGAAUUGUAUCUCACUUUAAUCACUCUUCGACUGCCUGUGAUAAACUGAAGAAAAUACAGGAUCAGAUGAAUCUCCCGUCAAAAAGACUUAUCCAAGAUAUAACAACAAGAUGGAACAUACUACAUGCUGGAACGAUUACUUGAGCAAAAAACAGCUAUAAGUAUGUACAUCCUGGACUAUCCAGAUUUAUCUGAUUUAACUUAUCAGCAAUGGGCGCUGACAAAAGAUGUUAUAAAUCUUUUACAACCGUUUGAAGAGUUGACAAAUCUUGCAAGCAAAAGAGAUUGCUGUUUAUCAGAAGUAAUUCCUUUGGUAAAAACUUUGAUUUCUUAUUUAAGCAACAACUCUAAAGAUAUAUUUUGUGGUGUAGACGCACUUAGAGGCGCCCUUAAAAAAAUUUAGAAAAGCGGUUUAGCCACAUUUUUAGUGACGAAUACUUUACAGUGGCCACUCUGUUGGAUCCACGCUUCAAAAAUAAUUUUUUUGACAGCACAGAAAAGGAACAGAUGUAUGAAGUACUCAAAAACAAAAUUCGUGAGUUAGAGGGAGGAAGCACAACUGUUGCUGACAGUGCAAGUGAGGAUGAUGA